AGCGCGCGGGACGUGCUGCCGCGUCGUCACCAGCUGAAUGGGCGGCUGCGGAGCAUGUGUAUGUGGCUGAGGCUGCUGCUCACCAGGGACGCGGAGAGUGCAUGCCUCUCCCGGGUCGGACCGUGAAGCCCGCGAGAACGUGGAGGCGGCGGAAGAGGGGAGGAGCAGCCGGAGACAGACCGGGCAUCCCUCUCAGGGGCUUAAGGGCCCCCGCUCGGCCGGGGUUAUGGCAUCGCUUACGGACCGAAUGCGAGGCAACGGACGCAUUGCCGCUGGGCUCCUGCUCAACCUGCUGGUGUCCAUCUGUAUUGUGUUCCUCAACAAAUGGAUCUAUGUGCACCACGGGUUCCCUAACCUGAGCCUGACCCUGGUACACUUCGUGGUCACUUGGCUGGGCUUGUACAUCUGCCAGAAACUGGACAUCUUUGCGCCCAAGAGUCUGCCGCCUUCCAAACUCGUCCUCCUGGCCCUCAGUUUCUGUGGCUUCGUGGUCUUCACCAAUCUCUCUCUGCAGAACAACACCAUAGGCACCUAUCAGCUGGCCAAGGCCAUGACCACGCCGGUCAUCAUAGUCAUCCAGACCCUCUGCUACAAGAAAACCUUCUCUACCAAAAUACAGCUCACGCUGAUUCCUAUAACUUUAGGUGUAAUCCUAAAUUCUUAUUACGAUGUGAAGUUUAAUUUCCUUGGAAUGGUGUUUGCUGCUCUUGGUGUUUUAGUUACAUCCCUUUAUCAAGUGUGGGUAGGAGCCAAACAGCAUGAAUUGCAAGUGAACUCUAUGCAGCUCUUGUACUACCAGGCUCCAAUGUCCUCUGCCAUGUUGCUGGUGGCCGUGCCCUUCUUUGAGCCCGUGUUUGGAGAAGGAGGAAUAUUUGGCCCCUGGUCAGUUUCUGCUUUGCUUAUGGUGCUGCUGUCUGGAGUAAUAGCUUUCAUGGUGAACUUAUCAAUUUAUUGGAUCAUUGGGAACACUUCACCAGUCACCUAUAACAUGUUUGGACACUUCAAGUUCUGCAUAACUUUAUUUGGAGGAUAUGUUUUAUUUAAGGAUCCACUGUCAAUUAAUCAGGGUCUUGGCAUGUUAUGCACAUUAUUUGGCAUUCUCGCUUAUACCCAUUUUAAACUCAGUGAACAAGAAGGAAGUAAGAGUAAAUUGGUACAGCGUCCUUAAUUGGAUUUUGGUGGAAAAAGGAAAGCCAUCCCAAGAAGAUAAAAGACGUUUAGUGUGCAAGUAAGUUACUUUCAAAGAAGAAGAAAAAACUAUAUUGCCAAAUUUGUUGAAUGAUGGUUUGCAAGAAGAAACACAAAGGAAAUUUUGUUGAUAAAUGUAACUUUCUCUUUUAGAAUACCUCUUAAACAAUGGUUCUUGCUUCUUUUCAAGGAUUGAUUAUAUGAAGUCUAUAGGAUGGCUUGGUUAAACCAAAUGAAACACAUGAAAUUAAAGUUCUAUAAUAGUGACAAAGGCACCCACAUCUCUGUGCUUGCAGAGGUGUCAUGGUUUUUAAGUGUUCCAGCCCUUCUAAGGAAGGACACAGAGGACUCCUCUCCUUGCUCGUAGGUGGCCCGCAGUGUGAGCUCUUUUGUAAUUUCAGCCAAAGUAUUCAAGUCAGAAGUUAAAUCAGGCAUUCCUGUUUUUGUUGGUUUAGUAUAACAUCCUGAUUAUUUAACUUACAGAAAUGAAAUAUUAUUUAUAGGAAACAAAGUAUAGGAGAGAAGACCAUGAGACAAAAUCCAAUUCUAAAAGUACCAUAUUCAUGGUAGAAAAUUGAUACAAGAAGUUAUAUGUUAUUCAGGAAACUACAGUUGCUACCGGUAUCCUCUUAUUUCUGAGCUCUCCGUGAACUCUAGGAACACUGUAUGAAGUCAAAACACAAAACAGCUCCAUGUUGAAGUAGUCCGAAGAGAAGACUCUGGAUGGAACUGAGCAGGUGUCUUAUCCCAUUCUCCUGGCCUCUUUGCGGCUUCCAUGUCGGUAAUUUCCUAACACCCCCUCCCUGCUGUCACCCCCUACCUCGCGCAUCGGAGGCACCCACAGAGCUUUCUUUGACAUUGAAGGGUCUGCAUGCAGUGAGCAGUGUUCGGUCUUUCUAUGGCGGCUGAAGAAAAUUUUCAUGCAACAAUUGUCAGGGCAAAUACUAUCCAAACAUUCAGCAGAAACUUGGUGAAAAUCUGAGGAAAGAUGUUUAAAGAAAAGUAGAAGAAUAAUAUUUAACCAGUUCUAUUAGUUUUUAAAGAGAAUUUUUUUAAAAAGUAAGGUUACCGGGGAAGUACAGAUUUUCACUUAAGGAAAUAGAGUGCCACAUAGUUACUUGCCUUCCCGCUUCUUGACACUGGAGGGCUGAAAGCCAUCGUUGUCAACUUCUCACAGGUAAUUGACUAAGACAGAUAACCCAUCUUGUAAUAAAUAGUUCUUUUUAAAAAUGUUACUUAUAAACUUUAAAUGAAAAAACAACUCUUAAGAGGACAAAGAGCCACGUGUAUAAAAUGUAUCUUUUAAGAUUUUUUUUUCCUGGCCUGUUGGAAAUGAAAAGCCUUACUGAAAAUCUAUUUUGACAGAAUUUUAGUUUAUCAGUCCAUCUGUUGUGUGACUAGCAUGUACGAUUUUCUGUUUUUGUUUUAAAUAUUCAUUGGUUCUGGGGCAUCUGGGUGGCUCAGUUGGUUGAGCAUUGCCUCUUGA